UUCUGUGUAACCGCACAAGGGAUUCGAUCGCACCAAAAAACAACACCGGAAUGUUGAAAACUUAUGUUAUUGUUUUGUUUCAUAGCUGCAUUUUCUUUCCAUUUCUUUUUGUUCACAUCGUCAUUAUUCGCAUCUCAAAAGUGGACAACGUCUGAUAGAGUAGCGAGUAACAGAGUUGGAGACAUUGAGCCAAGAAUGGCGUACUGAAUAUGUCUAACUCUAAAGCAAACAGAUUAAAAAUGGCAGGCUAUUUUCCUCAAAAUUUUUAUUUUGGGCCUAGAAAUUGGUUCUACACAAACCAGACUGGUGUAGCCUGCUAUGAUGAUGUACAUUGUGAAGAUCAAUGUUGUCAUGACAUGGACUUUGGGUUACCUUAUUGUUGUUCUAAAUACAUGGGAUUUGUUUACCUUGGUCUCAUGAUUGGUGGCGGAAUGGUAGUAGCAGUUCUUGUCAUUGGCUGUUACAUCUGCAUGACAAAAAAAGAGCGAGAACUCCAGGCAGCAGCUAAACUCGAAGCCGCAAAGGCCGCUAAUAACCAAACUCAUCAAACAACAAUAGAUGUGACCUCUAGCUCGUCUGCUAUGGACGGAUAUAGCAGCUCUCUUUUAGAGCUCCGCCAGCCUCCUCCCACUUACGAUGACGCCAUAGCAAACUAUUCCAGGUGUCAGUCACGUGAUCCGACACUGACGCCACAAUUAGCAUUGGAUCUAGUGACGAUGCUGGUACGUCAACACAGUCAGAUGGACCAGGGUGCCUCAUUCCCCAUGCUUCCUCCCUUGGUGGACGUCUCGGCUCUUAUAGCCCACCACAGACAAGAACACGGACAGGCUGGAAUACUUCCCCCAGUAUCUAACCAGAUUUCUAUAGAUGACAAGCUGCCUUCCUAUGAACAGUAUAUGUUACGUCUGGGGACAGAGAGCAACGAUACGGAAAUAUCUCAUGGGACCAGCAGUGUCAUCAACUUCCAGCAACAGCUUAGUGGUUCUCACAUUGUAGAUGUGGAUCUAGCCAAUCAGCAAAUAGUCAAAGAAGCAUGCGGUUUUACACCACAAAGUGAUUCUCGUGUAAUAGAAGUUGAUGAAAUGAUACAGCAACUUACUUAUGCUCACAACAAAGACACACCAUUCAGUCAUACCCUAGACGUUGAAGUCACAGAUACACAGUCACAGAUGUACAGCAAAUAUAAGCUUUCAAAUGAUUCUCACUUUAUUGACGUGCUACAAACAGUUCAACAGCUGCGACUAACUGAGAUCAUUGGUCAGGCUGUUGCGCAGGCCACAGAUGACGUUGUUGAUGCAACGAUCAGACAUGCAACAGAUGAAGUGGUCACUCAACCCGUCCAGCAAGUGUUAACAAUUAAUCAACCAGCUACUGACAGUCUCGCACUGUACGAAGUUGAAUCUACUUGCAACUGUCCAUUUUCUGAGUCUAACAAUGACUACUGUCCAGUUUCUGAAUCUAACAAUGACUACUGUCCAGAUUUUAAAGAAUCUUUUACUGAAAACGUGCCAUAUUUGAGUGAUGCACAUUCUGGUAACAGCCAGGAUUCAAUUGAAUCUAACUCUCGUGUCUGCCAAGUGCUAGUUGAGUCUAAAACUAACCACGGCCCUGAUUCUUAUAUUUCUAUUGCUGAAAACAAUAGGGAUCUGAGCGACAGGGAGCCUGAUAUUGAACGCUUUCUAGAUUCGUGCCACUCUGCUACAAACAACUGUUUAAAUUCGAAGGACUUACUAACUGAAAACUGCCAAGAUUCCAAUGAAUCUAACAACGGAUUAGUUGUCUAUAAAUCUCUGGAAAGAAAUAGCCAAGAUUCCAAAGAGUCUGUGGUGACAGACUAGACUAGUUGCUACUCAUUACUGUCCUCAAAGGAAUAAUUCACACCAAUGAUUAAUGCACACGUGAUAUGAUUUACAUGUUUUUUUAAUAAUUAUGUCUAUGAAACAAACUUUUUAUCAAUAUUAAAUCAUCUUGGCAUAUCGACCGCCCCUACCUCCCCCAUAACAAAAAAAAUGUUGGACAAUUUAAAUUUAAACUGUUGUCAAACUUAUCGUGCUAAUAAGAUUGUACCCGUUUCACCAAAGGAUUUCUAAACCUACCUUCAUUAAAUUACAUGAUUUGUACUGACCUUGGCAAAGCAAAAAAAAAAAUAAAAUAAUAAUAAUAAAUGCACUAUACCACAUAACUUACAUGUAAAGCAGCGUGAUGGGGGCGGCACUGGGCGUGCUGAUAAGGGCAGUUGUUUUUUUUUAUUUUAAGGACAAAAAUAAUGUACUAGCACUGUAUAUUUGAUUAUUGAUUUAAAAACAAAUUGUAAACAAUUCAAAGUAUUAAAACAAUUGACACAUAACUUCAUUCUCUUGGAAGGACCUGCAACAAGACAAGGUGAGUCUUUUUUUCUGUUUUUAUUAUGAAGACGUCUUGCUGACCAUGAGGUGAUCUUAUGACUGACUUGCUCAUUACAAACGUGUUUUACUCCCUCACUAGAGGCUCGUCUUAACCUCUUCUUAACUUCACCUUUGACCUGCUAGGAGAACUAGUGCGUUAAGGACGCCAGGAGAAUAUCUUCAUCUCUGAGCAGGAAAGGGCUUGGCGCCAGGAGAAUAUCUUCAUCUCUGAGCAGGAAAGGGCUUGGAGCCAGGAGAAUAUCUUCAUCUCUGAGCAGGAAAGGGCUUGGCGCCAGGAGAAUAUCUUCAUCUCUGAGCAGGAAAGGGCUUGGAGCCAAGAGAAUAUCUUCAUCUUUGAGCAGGAAAGGGUUUGGCGCCAGGAGAAUAUCUUCAUCUCUAAGCAGGAAAGGGAUUGGCGCCAGGAGAAUAUCUUCAUCUCUGAGCAGGAAAGGGCUUAGCGCCAGAAGGAUAUCUUCAUCUCUGAGCAGGAAAGGGCUUGGCGCCAGGAGAAUAUGUUCAUCUUUGAGCAGGAAAGGGCUUGGCGCCAGGACCCUGAUGGGGGGAUUUUCAAACGUUCCACAAGACCCUAGAGCUGACUAAAGGUGGUAGUGGCGGGGGCUUUUUUUUUCUGCGAGGGCGUCACUUUCAGAAACACAAAUGUAAAUCUAGUAUUUUUAUCAACUCCCUUCCGCUCCCCCCCCCCCUUUUAUUAAAAAACUGUUUUUGACAAAUGUAAAUACUGGCAGAAAACAAAACUUCAACGUAUUAAGUCAACAUACUGUGUGUCGCUAAAGCCUGUUCUCUCGAAAGUUACCAUGAGAGCUUAAAAUUUUUUAUCAAGUUGUUUAGUAUUUUAAGCUGCAGAGUGUUUAUUAAUACUAGCAGGUGGUUAGCAUUAUUAGCCAAUGUAUUUAUUGUGAUCAUAAAUUGGUCAAUAGAUCCGUAGAGUUUGUCACAUGCUGUACCAUAGUCAGUAUCGAUUUCUAGUAAGAUUUGUAAGAUUCUUCUCUUGCUUUGUGAUACAUUUGUAUUGUUUCAACAUUGGAUUUCUUGAGGACUUGUACAAAGUUUUCUCAUGGUGUUUCUAUAGUUCAUUAUAUAAUCAGGUUUAGAGUUAAAUCUAUUUCUCUCUCUCUUUUUUUUUUUUUAACAUGUUUCGGAUGUUCCUUCAGAGUUGAAGAUAGUUUACUUCCUAGUCCAAACCUCCCGCAGGAUGAUGGGGGAUGGCAGAGGGCAGGAUUUGAACCCGGGACCAUCGAUAAAUCAAAAACGACAGUCCAGCACGCAAACCCCUGUCAGCACAGAAUGAACAGGUCCAAAAAGUUCCUGAUGACCAACUAUAGAUAGAGAUCUAUAUCUCUGUAUGUAUGAGAUAAAGGCCUGAGAGGAACAAUGGCAUUGUACUCUCUUCCAGGUUGUAGUGAGCUGCAAACUGCCUAAUGGUGGCAAGGUACCUGAUUAUUCUUAAAGUUGACUCUUGAAGCCUUUCCAAUCUCUCUCUCUCUCUCUAACAAUGCUAUUAUUUCAUUAAAUGAACUAGUUUGUACAACCGUAUAUUUUGUAGAGGCUAUUAAAUAUGAUAUGGUAAAAUGAAUACUAAUAGAAAGAAAUGUGUCUACAACACUGAAAACUAUUUUGUCUUUGUAAUGCACACAGUGUACCACAUUUGAAAACCAUUUUUUUAUAGACAACACUAAGUAUAGACCAGAGAAAACAUUAAGUAUAGACCAGAGAAAACAUUAAGUAUAGACCAGAGAAAACAUUAAGUAUAGACCAGAGAAAACAUAAUUAUAGACCAGAGAAAACAUAAGUAUAGACCAGAGAAAACAUUAAGUAUAGACCAGAGAAAACACUAAGUAUAGACCAGAGAAAACAUU